AUGGUCAUUUUGGCCGAUGCAGAAAAUAGUAGCUGUUUCUUUGUUGUUUCACUCCGACUCCUAGUAUUUAACGCACUACAUUCUACGUCAUAUUUUCUUUACAGCGGUUUCAACAUGUUGCUUUCUAUCUCAGAGAAAAACUCAAGUUUCGCACGCUUUGUGUAUCUAUUGCAAUAUGUAAACUAUUUUCCUAAUGCUACUUACGCUAACUUUUACUUUUCUGUCCAUGAAGAGCAAUCUCUGAUAGCCCUCGUCUACAAAGUAAGAUCGUUCUCCUAUGGCUAUCCGUCUCGUUCCCAGAAGGUAUGUUUCUAUGACCUGAAAGUAAAUCGCAGAAUACGGUGCUGUGGGGCAGAAAAUGUCAACCCUCCUUUUUUAUGCUCUUGCGUUUCUGUCAUUACCACUUUUUUGUCAAGAAAUUGUCCAAACUCGACAUACAGGCUUGCUUUCGUUUUCUCUCCUGUGGUCGAUUACUAUUGUCGGAGGAGCUGGUAGAGCUAGAAGUGUUGCGCUUUCCUAGGAAAUGCCGCAAUAAUUACUUUACCAACUCAACGCUACAGUUACUUUGUAGGGAACGAAGGGCUUAGUCGAAGCAGGUCGUGUCAAUGGUGCAACUUCAGAUUUCAUAUGGCACGGUGGAUAUUAGCGAUAAUUUCACACCACCCCUGUAACGUAUUUCUUGUUAUGUGUUACGCCACCUUUUUCAAGAGGCCAAGCAGCGCUGCAGCCCCGCUACUCUGCUACGGAACGGCUUGUACUAUGUAGGUGACGUCGCACAGACAAUCAUCAAUACGCUUAGGCUUACAUCAAUAUUAUCGAGGGACAUUUAUUGUGUCCUGCGUUGCCAUCAACGCAAACGCUAGCUUGCGCUAAAAAAAUGGGUAUGACAUUCGCUCCACAGUAGAACAAGACAAUCCGAGCGGUUCGCUUUACCUUUCUCCCACCCGGGGUAUGGCUAUUUUCUUCGCUCAGAAUAGUGUGAAAGUGAAUUUAUUCCAGGUCACAAGGAUAUACGUCUCCCUCCCUCCGAUAGGUAGUUUUUGGUUCCUUCUAUUUUGCUCAAGAGAGUGUUUGCGCAUCCCGUUCACUAUCGCUCAACAUCGCAUCCGGAGUCACCACUGCUCAAGCAAUGUCAAUCAACAUGCAGUGUAUGGUUGCUCGAAAUCACGUACACUUUGGUCUCUUGUCGCAGCUCGUCGCUUGUGUCUGUCCAGCUUAGAGUCAACGCAGUUGUAGCGAUCUUUGCACAGGAGCAUCGUGAGCUUUUCUGAUCGGCUCAACGCGUACUCAGGCGCUGUUGACGACCACGAGUAGGUAAGUUGCGUGGAACCUCCAAGCAACAUUUCGAUUAUUCAGUAGAGUGCUUCUAUGUAUAUACCGCCCUGACGCCCUGACUAUGACACAGACACGGCAUCUGCAACGUCACUGUAGGCCCGUCGAAGUCGACCUGAUCAAUGUACAAAAUAAAUACAUGCUGCAGACCACGAGGACUCCCAUCGAUCAAUUUUCCGCUUGCGCGAGGUAGAAGAACCACCCCAAUGUUUAUAGGAACACCACAGGCACACGCACUUGCCGUGGGAUACGGA